CAGGAGGGGCACGAACCCCGAGACCCCUGGGUGGGCCAUGGGGAGACAUGGGUCCUACGGGGUACGCCUGCCCUGAAGGCUCGGUGGCCACAGCCUGGCCGGAGGAGCAGCACAGCAAUGGCUCAGGAGCUGAGGUCACCCACCCUGAUGGAGACAGCCGUGCCACGGCAGGGGGGCCCUGCCCUCCAGGCCACUUCUGUCCAUUGGGCACAGGGAUGCCCCUUCCCUGCCCUGUGGGCACCUUCUCAGACCGGAUGUUUCUCUCCAUGGCCUCCGAGUGCCUGGCCUGCCCCUCUGGCCAUUUCUGCAGGAGGUCCGGCCUCACUGCCCCCUCUGGACCCUGCUCCCCCGGCUACUUCUGUCUGGCCGGAGUCACCUCCCCAACCCCAACAGGCCACUCAGAGCAGGGGGGCCCCUGUCCCAGAGGCCACUUCUGCCCCCGGGGGACCAGCCUUCCCCAGCCUUGCCCUGCCGGCUCCUACAACAACCUGACUGGCCAAGCCUCCUGCUUCCCCUGUCCUGCCGGCUACUACUGCCCUGAGACUGUCACCACCUACAGUGGGCAUCCGUGUCCCGCCGGCUUCUACUGUCCCACAGGCACCAAGUACGCCACCCAGUUCCCUUGCCCUCGGGGCUACUAUAACCCAGACCCACUGACCCAGAGUCUGGACGGCUGCCUGCCCUGCCCCCCAGGCCACUACUGCGGGCAAGAGAAUCUGACCCAGGCCUCUGGGCCCUGUGAUGCAGGCUGGUUCUGUGUGUCAGCAGCGUGGACUGCCCGCCCCUUCGACCUAGACAACUAUACCAGUGCCAACUGCCUGUGCCCAGCCACAGCCACAGGAGGGAGGUGCCUGGCGGGCUCCUUCUGCCCCAAGGGCAGCCGGGAGCCCAUGUCCUGCCUGCCAGGCUCUUUCUGUGCCACCUCUGGUAAGGACCCCAAGCUCCCUUCAGCCGCUGUGCCUUGA